CUUCAUUACUUUAUUUCAAAAAACACCGUUAAUUAACUUAACGGAAAAAAUUAAAUUAUUUUUUUUAAAAAAAAAAACAAAAACAAAAUCUCUCUUUCGAAAUAUUUGGUUGGUUAUGGCUGAUUCAAUAGAGAGCGAAGGAUACUCUAUUAAACCUCAAAAACAUACACCAGCUUUAGAUACAUCAGAAUGGCCUUUGCUCUUAAAAAAUUAUGAUAAGCUUCAUGUUCGUACAGGUCAUUAUACACCCGUCACUCAUGGAUGUUCACCACUUAAGCGUGCAAUAAUUGAUUAUAUUAAAUAUGGAAUAAUCAAUCUUGAUAAACCCGCAAAUCCUUCAUCUCAUGAAGUCGUGGCAUGGGUACGGCGUAUCCUUGAAGUUGAAAAGACAGGUCAUAGCGGUACCUUAGAUCCUAAAGUAACAGGCUGCUUGAUAGUUUGUGUAGAUCGGGCGACUCGUUUAGUUAAAUCACAGCAAAGUGCAGGAAAGGAGUAUGUGUGCGUAAUUCGAUUUCACGAUGCUCUUGAAUCUGCCAAGAAGUUUACACAAGGCUUAGAAACACUCACAGGGGCUCUCUUCCAACGACCUCCUUUAAUUUCUGCUGUAAAACGUCAAUUGCGUAUCCGUACCGUUCAUGAAACAAAGAUGAUUGAAUUCGAUGAAAAUCGACACUUGGGAUUGUUUUGGGUAAGCUGCGAAGCAGGAACUUAUAUCCGAACAUUAUGUGUGCAUCUGGGGUUGAUUCUUGGAGUUGGAGCUCAUAUGGCAGAACUUCGACGCGUUCGUUCUGGUGCAUUGUCUGAGAAUGAUGAUAUUGUAACAAUGCAUGAUGUUUUGGAUGCCAAAUGGGUAUACAAAAAUACAAGAGACGAAACAUAUCUUCGAAGAGUUAUUCGUCCUCUUGAAUCUCUUCUCACGACAUAUAAGAGAAUUGUUGUCAAAGAUAGUGCCGUCAACGCCAUUUGUUAUGGUGCUAAACUAAUGAUACCAGGUCUGCUUCGAUAUGAGGAUGGUAUUGAGUUAAAUGAAGAGAUUGUUCUUAUGACUACAAAAGGUGAAGCUAUUGCUCUAGGUAUAGCAUUAAUGACCACUGCAGUUAUGAGUUCUGUAGAUCACGGAGUUGUCGCAAAAAUAAAAAGAGUGAUUAUGGAGCGUGAUACAUAUCCAAGGGCAUGGGGAUUAGGGCCCAAGGCUAUGGAAAAGAAGAAACUAAUUUCCGAAGGAAAAUUAGACAAAUAUGGUCGCGUAAAUGAUAACACCCCUAAUUCUUGGAAAACUUCAUUUGUAGAUCUCAGUGCAGUUGGUACUAAGGGCGAUCCCGGUACAUCAUCAUCGGCCACAGUUCCACCUGCCAAUUUAGUUACUGCUGUACCGACUGCACCACCAGUUACAUCAGCUCAAUCAACGGAAGAUCAGGAAGAAGGAACAAGUUUGGCUAAAAAGAGGAAAAUCGAAGAAGAUUCCGAUAUUCCUACAGGAGAGUCAAAAUCAUCAAAGAAAGAAAAGAAGGCAAAGAAGGUCAAGAUUAAAGAGAUGUCUACACAAAAGAAAAUGUCAGACGAUGAAAAAGUUAUUGAUGCUGAAGAAUCAUCAAAGGAAAAGCAUCUGAAAAAGAAACUUAAGAAAGAAAAAAAGUCUGACGUAUCCGAACAUGAAACUACAAUAACUGUUGAAGGAGAAAAGAAGGAAAAGAAAAAAAAAUCAAAGAAAGAUAAAAAAGAAAAGAAAUCAAAAUCUUCGUAAUUAAUAAUUAUUUUGGGAAAUCUUCUAACAGCCGGAAUUAUAUCAGUCGGCUAAGUCAUUAUAGGACAAGUCUAGAAUAUUUAAAAAUGAUAUUUAUGCCUUUUUAGAUUUACUUUUAUUGAAGAAAUAUUUUUCAUUUUAAAUUAAUAAAAGUCGAACCACGUGACUUGGUCAAUUAUUAUUACUGAUUGGUUAAAAGAUUA